AUGACGAGAGCCAAGAGCCUGCAGGUAUGUGUUCAGCAGAAGCCAAGUCAGACACUAUGUAAUUCAAUUGUUGGAAGAGGAGAUACCUGAAGCGCCCUCCUAUCCCUGUCACUGAUCCCAAAUCAGACUCAUUGUUCAAUGGAAAGUUAUUAAUAACCCUUUAUUUGGACCAUCCACCAUAAAGCCGUUAGCAUGACGUCAGAAAUAUUCCUAGUCAAGAUAUGACAACUGGCUUCAAACAGUCAUGCCAAUGUCACUCAUCACUAAGGUUGUUAGCUGAUGAAGUUGCCAUGGAAGCCACAUGCAAUAUUGUACAAUAUUAUUUAAAAAAUAUAGACUUAAGCCUCCGUGGCUGCUCAUGACAACUAUUACAUCAUGCUUAUUACAGUGUAAUUGCAGUUUUAUGACAGGAGUUUCAAGUCCAUUGGUACUACAGAAGGUUGGUCAUCAACUUGACACCUUGGCAAGAUUUGUAUUAAUAUUUGUAGUAGAAAUGUCUCCCUCGCUCCCCAGUCAUCUGAAUCAGUGUUUCACCAAUAUGAACGAAGGGUUGAAUGUGUGCAUGAGGAAUGUAUAGCUUUGCAUCAUCUCUUGUUGCUGAGAAUUCCAUUAGCUGGCUGCAAUAAUCUUCAGAGGGACUUUAAGAGGCUAAUUGAUAGGAGUGCAUGUUGAUAGGAGUAACAGAUAUUUUAAUUUCCACUCGCUCUUGGCGUCUGAGCAGUGGGAGUGCUUAUUGCAUACUCAAUGAAGGGACAGCGAUCUUUUGAGAGGGAAGUAACUAGCACACGAGGGGGGGGCGUAUAUUUAUCAAGGGUCUCCGAGUAAGAGUGCUGAUUUUAAGAUCAGUUUUGCCUUUCAGAUCUCAAUAAAUAAGAUGACCGGGACUGGGGGGACCUGAUCCUAGAUCAACAGUCGACACUAAACGACCUUUGUGUUUAUAGGCAGUAGCAUACAGUGGGGAAAAAAAGUAUUUAGUCAGCCACCAAUUGUGCAAGUUCUCCCACUUAAAAAGAUGAGAGAGGCCUGUAAUUUUCAUCAUAGGUACACGUCAACUAUGACAGACGAAUUGAGGAAAAAAAUCCAGAAAAUCACAUUGUAGGAUUUUUUAUGAAUUUAUUUGCAAAUUAUGGUGGAAAAUAAGUAUUUGGUCACCUACAAAACAAGCAAGAUUUCUGGCUCUCACAGACCUGUAACUUCUUCUUUAAGAGGCUCCUCUGUCCUCCAUUCAUUACCUGUAUUAAUGGCACCUGUUUGAACUUGUUAUCAGUAUAAAAGACACCUGUCCACAACCUCAAACAGUCACACUCCAAACUCCACUAUGGCCAAGACCAAAGAGCUGUCAAAGGACACCAGAAACAAAAUUGUAGACCUGCACCAGGCUGGGAAGACUGAAUCUGCAAUAGGUAAGCAGCUUGGUUUGAAGAAAUCAACUGUGGGAGCAAUUAUUAGGAAAUGGAAGAAAUACAAGACCACUGAUAAUCUCCCUCGAUCUGGGGCUCCACGCAAGAUCUCACCCCGUGGGGUCAAAAUGAUCACAAGAACGGUGAGCAAAUAUCCCAGAUCCACACGGGGGGACCUAGUGAAUGACCUGCAGAGAGCUGGGACCAAAGUAACAAAGCCUACCAUCAGUAACACACUACGCCGCCAGGGACUCAAAUCCUGCAGUGCCAGACGUGUCCCCCUGCUUAAGCCAGUACAUGUCCAGGCCCGUCUGAAGUUUGCUAGAGUGCAUUUGGAUGAUCCAGAAGAGGAUUGGGAGAAUGUCAUAUGGUCAGAUGAAACCAAAAUAUAACUUUUUGGUAAAAACUCAACUCGUCGUGUUUGGAGGACAAAGAAUGCUGAGUUGCAUCCAAAGAACACCAUACCUACUGUGAAGCAUGGGGGUGGAAACAUCAUGCUUUGGGGCUGUUUUUCUGCAAAGGGACCAGGACAACUGAUCCGUGUAAAGGAAAGAAUGAAUGGGGCCAUGUAUCGUGAGAUUUUGAGUGAAAACCUCCUUCCAUUAGCAAGGGCAUUGAAGAUGAAACGUGGCUGGGUCUUUCAGCAUGACAAUGAUCCCAAACACACCGCCCGGGCAACGAAGGAGUGGCUUCGUAAGAAGCAUUUCAAGGUCCUGGAGUGGCCUAGCCAGUCUCCAGAUCUCAACCCCAUAGAAAAUCUUUGGAGGGAGUUGAAAGUCCGUGUUGCCCAGCGACAGCCCCAAAACAUCACUGCUCUAGAGGAGAUCUGCAUGGAGGAAUGGGCCAAAAUACCAGCAACAGUGUGUGAAAACCUUGUGAAGACUUACAGAAAACGUUUGACCUGUGUCAUUGCCAACAAAGGGUAUAUAACAAAGUAUUGAGAAACUUUUGUUAUUGACCAAAUACUUAUUUUCCACCAUAAUUUGCAAAUACAUUCAUUAAAAAUCCUACAAUGUGAUUUUCUGGAUUUUUUUUUCUCAUUUUGUCAGUCAUAGUUGAUGAUGAAAUUUACAGGCCUCUCAUCUUUUUAAGUGGGAGAACUUGCACAAUUGGUGGCUGACUAAAUACUUUUUUUCCCCACUGUACAUCCUCCUUGGUAUAUCAAUGUUGAUUACCAGAGUGCAAUGCAUCAGUAUCCACUGGGGAUAUAUCACCACCAGCUUUUCCAAAGUCUAAAUUAAUUCCUCUCUUUUUUAUCUUUCAGAGGCUAAAAUGGGAGGCAAGCUCAGCAAAAAGAAGAAGGGAUACAAUGUAAACGAUGAGAAGGCCAAAGACAAGGAUGCCAAACCAGAGGGCGCGUCAGCCGAGGAGAGCGAAGCCCAGAGCGACAAAAAGGAUGAGGCCCCUGCUCCCGCCGAGACCACCGAGGUAGCCAACGACGCAAAGGACGCGCCCGCAGCCGAUGCCACGACGACCAAGGAGGAAGAAAAGGGUGCCUCCCCUCCCGCCAAGGAGCCGGAAAAACCUGCAGCGGAGCCCAAAGCGGAGGUGUCUAAGGCUGCGGAAGUCGCCGACCCUGCCCCCAAAGCCAAGGAGAAACCAGCCGACCCUGCGAAAGAGCCAGCCCCCGCCGCUAAGGAAGCCGCCCAAGCUCCAGAGGUCAAGGCCCAGGCACCUGCACCACCCGCAGCCCAGGCUGAAAACAAAGACGAGGCCGACGCUAAAAAGACUGAGGACCCCGCAGCACCAGCAGCUAAAGCCGAGGUGGCCCCUGUUGCCGCUGUCCCCCAAGCCAAGCCCACAGAAGCAGCAGUGGCAGCCCCGGCCAAGGAGGCCCCAGCCCCUAGUUCAUCAGCAGCACCGCCGGCUUCCGCUGAGCCCGCCACACUGGUCAAGGAGGCCAAUGCAACAGAGGCACCAGUUCCAAGCAAGGAUCAAACCGUAGCAGUUCAAGAUUAAUGGACGCUUCUUUUAAGAAAAUAAAUUACGUUAAACAACAAAAAUGAAGUAAAAGAGAGAAAAAAUGAAAUUAAAUAGCCCACCCAUAUUAAUAUUAUAAUAAUUAUAAUAAUAAUAAUGAUUUGUUGGAGGAGGAGGAUUGUGACAACAACCUUGAGAAGGAUGAUGCUGCUGCUGCCGAUUAUUAUUGUUAUGGUUAUUCUAUUUUUUCUGCUGUAGUAUUUGAACUUUGAUACAAGUCUGUGUCAACCAUAUGCCCCUCCAUUUCACACCAUCCUUCCUCCAUCCAUUUCUGGGAUUCAACAUUCUCCGCCUUCAUCUCGCUCACAGUCCUCUGAGACCUCUGUGGUCUGGGACCAUACACGUACAUUCCCCUGGACAGUGUGCUGCGGAUGUCUUAAAACGAAGUGGAAAAAAAGGGGUUUACCAGCUGGACAUGCACUCUGUCUGUCCCAUCCUCGACUCACCCCCUCCCCCAUUCCCCAAACUCGCUCCUCUCCAGAGUGCCGUGUUCUCUGCUACCGUACCUGUCACCUCUGUUUUGGCGCCAAGUGAGUUCCCUUUGCUGUCCUCAUAGUCUGCAGCUUAUUUGGUAUUUUUGGGUUGUUCGCGCUAUAUGUGGUCACUCAGUUUCUUGCCGCCUGUUUCCCGACAGGUUCAUGCCACCUCGCUCAGACUCUGAGUUGAGAGGAGGUACUUUGAAAUUCUGAGACUUUCCCAGAGGUACAAUAUCUGUCUACGCAUUCUUAGGCAUAUGAAGAUGUCCUAAGAAGUUUUUUUUACAACACUCUUAUACCUUCUUAGUUUUUCUAAGAAAAACAGUAGUUGUAGAUGAUCUGGAUGGUUUUUGAAGCAUUUCUUAAAUGUUCCUAGAAAUCCUGAAAAGCUUUGUAGAUUGUUGUCAGACGUUCCAGCUCUGAAUUCGUAGACAUCGGGAAUUCUCAGUUCUUCUGGGCCAUUCUGACUGCAGCAUAGUCUGUUUCUCUUCCUUACAGUGGGGGGGUGGUUGUUAUCUUAUUUCAGUUGAAAAGGAAGACAUAUCUACUGUGUUUUAAUCAAUUUAGCUCAAUGGCUCUCAGCCUAUAGCACAAAGGUGCAAUACAUUUACACUCAAAAAAGGGAUAGUGCCCAGCUGACAACAGUAGUAGUGUUGUCUGGGGAUGGGGGUUCUAAAUGAAUGGUACUGCAUGAGGCAUCUGCAGCCUACUCAAGCUGCCAUGGUCCUUGUAACCAUGGCUACCAUGUGACAUGUUCGAGUAGUAAGAUGGAAGAAACUCGCACAAGGAAGGGAGCCUCUAAUCUUGUCAUCUCCACCUACCAUGCAUUUUCCUCUACUUUCUGCUCAUAUAUGUUACAUAUAUGAAAAUAUAUGUAGGUAUAUAUGUAGAUUUAUUCACCCCAUUCAUUCAUUGUCAUUCGUUCAUUGAGUACCUUUCGGUCAGUUUCUCCCAGUUGACACACAACAUUUAUUUUUGCCCAACAAUGUAGAAACGUUGCGAGGAAUGUUGUGUGUCACUUGGGGGAUUGUCUCUUCCUCUCUUGACAAAGUAAUUGCAUGUCCGUGGUUGGGUAAACCUGUGUAGUCCUGUCUUUCGGUGAAGUGGAAAAUAGCUUUUUUCAAGUCUGCAUUCAUGGCAAUUACAGUUGAUAUUUCAUUCCAUGUCUUACCGCUAUCUCCACACCACCUCUCAUUCAAACAAAAUAAAAUAAAAAUGUAAGCAUUCAAAUUAUAUGUACUUGUAUAAAUGGUGCAACAGUAAUAAAAUUUAAGAAAUUGAUUGAAACUUCA